UGUUUAUGGCCUCGCCCACUGAUCUGGAAACUCAUAUCUCUGUGCUGCAGAGACAUGUACAUGGGAUUUAAAACGAAAGUGAAAGAAGAAAAUAAGAUACUACGCCAUACGGAAGCCAUUUUGUUUAAACGGUUGCAUGUUUUGUGUUUAACUGUCCACACGAACACGGGUAUUUCCAACACUGCAGUUUUCAUGUGGGUUUGCCAUUCGCAGUAUCCGGAAACCAAACUCCUGCCAGGGUGAAGAUUUUCAGAAACAAUUUUAACGAGGUCUGAAAUCAAUCUCUCAACACUCUUUGAUAAAUUAAAGUAGAAGGACAGGCCCUCUAAAAUGAGUUCUCCAUCUGCUGGAUCAAGCGGCAAUGCAUCCGGUGAUGAAACCGAGACGUCUCAUUCCAGAAUCAGCAGGAGGAAGAGACAGAAAUCAGAGUCUCCAGAACCCAGCGCUGUGUCUCACAGAUCCAUGGAACAACCCGUUAGAUUCAGUGAUGAACCAGUGUCUUCUGAUCCUCUAAUCAGCAAGAGGAAGAGACAGAGAUCAGAGUCUCCAGAACCCAGUGCUGUGUCUUACAGAUCCAUGGAACAACCCGUUAGAUUCAGUGAUGAACCAGUGUCUUCUGAUCCUCUAAUCAGCAGGAGGAAGAGACAGAUAUCAGAGUCUCCAGAACCCAGCGCUGUGUCUCACAGAUCCAUGGAACAACCCGUUAGAUUCAGUAAUGAACCAGUGUCUUCUGAUCCUCUCAGGAGGGAGACACAUGAGCUGAGAUCUGUGCCAUCCUCUACACCCCACUAUCAGACUCACAUCAGGCAAAACAAAACUGAGGCAGUCCUGCAGACACACACACUGGAAACUGGAGACCUGCAGAGAGUCAAAGACCAGCACAAAACCAGCAUGAAGAACAAGUAUGAGAGAUUAUUUGAGGGAAACAAACUCCAAGAGAAUGAAACCCUCCUGAACAGGAUCUACACACAGCUCUACAUCAUAGAGGGAGAGAGAAAAGGAGUGAAUGAAGAACAUGAGAUUUUACAGAUGGAGAAAACAGCCAGAACACCACACUCACAAGACACUCCUAUUGACUGCAAUGACAUCUUUAAAGCAUCACCUGAACUAGGAUGUGAGGAGAAAGACCAAAUCAAGACUGUUCUUACUAAAGGCAUCGCUGGAAUUGGAAAAAGCGUCUCUGUGCAGAAGUUCAUUUUAGACUGGGCUGAGGGAAAAGCCAAUCAGGAUGUAGAUUUCAUGUUUGUGCUUCCAUUUCGAGAGAUGAACUUGAUCCAAGAUCAACAGUACAGUCUUCACAGACUUCUGCUGGACUUUCAUCCUGAACUUCAAGAUCUGGAUUUAAAGAUUUAUGAGGAAUGUAAAGUUGUGUUCAUCUUGGAUGGUCUGGAUGAAAGCAGAAUCAAACCGAUGUUUUCAGAAGCUCCGAAAGUUUCUGAUGUGACUGAGACUUCAUCAGUGGGUGUGUUGAUGUCAAACCUCAUGAAAGGAGAGCUACUUCCCUCUGCUCUCAUCUGGAUCACCUCCAGACCAGCAGCAGCCAAUCAGAUCCCAUCUGAAUACAUCAACCGUCUGACAGAAAUUCAGGGGUUCAAUGAGCCUCAGAAGGAGGAAUAUUUCAGGAAGAGAAUCAGUGAUAAGCAUCAAGCCAGCAGAAUCAUCUCACACAUCAGAAGAGCAAGAAGCCUCCGCAUCAUGUGCCACAUACCCGUCUUCUGCUGGAUCUCAUCCACUGUGCUUCAGAAGCUCCUGAAAGAAGAUCUGAGUGCAGAAAUCCCUCAAACUCUGACUGAAAUGUACAUCCACUUCCUGCUGAUUCAGAUCAACAUGAGGAAUCAGAAGUAUGAAGAGAGAGAUCCAGAGAAACUCCUGCAGUCCAACAGAGAAGUGAUUGUGAAACUUGCUGAAGUGGCUUUCAAACAGCUGAUGAAGGGCAAUGUGAUGUUCUAUGAGGAGGACCUGAGAGAGAGCGGCAUAGACAUCACUGAUGCCUCAGUGUAUUCUGGGAUUUGCACUGAGAUCUUUAAAGAGGAAUCUGUGAUUCAUCAGAGGAAAAUCUACAGCUUCAUUCAUCUGAGCAUUCAGGAGUUUCUUGCUGCUCUCUAUGUGUUUCACUUUCAUGUAAAUACAACUAUGGAGGAACUGAAAAAUUUUGCUUCUGUACAAAAUCUGCUUAAAGGAGCAGUAGAUAAAGCUCUUGAGAGUGAGAAUGGACACCUGGAUCUGUUCCUGCGGUUCCUGAUGGGCAUCUCACUGGAGUCCAAUCAGAGACUCUUACAGGAUCUACUGACACACACAGAGAACAGCUCAGAGAGCAUCAGGAGAACCACACAGUACAUUAAAGAAAAGAUCAAAGAUGGACAUGGAGUCUCCACUGAAAGAUCCAUCAAUCUUUUCCUCUGUCUGCUGGAAGUGAAAGAUCAGACUCUGUCCAGAGAGAUUCAGGAGUUUGUGAAAUCAGACAAACGCUCAGAGAAGAAACUCUCUCCUGCUCACUGCUCAGCAAUCACCUACAUGCUUCAGAUGUCAGAGGAGGUGCUGGAUGAGCUGGACCUCAAGAAAUACAACACAUCAGAUGAGGGUAGAAGAAGACUGAUACCAGCCGUGAUCAACUGCAGGAAAGCCCUUCUUGCUGACUGUAAUCUCAGUGAUCGACAUUGUGAAAUUGUGUCAUCAGCUCUACAAUCCUCAAACUCUGUCCUGAGAGAGCUGGACCUGAGUAACAAUGACCUGCAGGAUUCAGGAGUGAAGCUGCUCUCUGAUGGACUGAAGAAUCUAAACUGUCAGCUGGAGAUACUGAGGUUAUCAGGCUGUAUGGUGACAGAGGAAGGCUGUGGUUAUGUGUCUUCAGCUCUGAGUUCAAACCCCUCACACCUAAGAGAGCUGGAUCUGAGCUACAAUCACCCAGGACGAUCAGGAGUCCAGCUGCUCAAUGACAAAUUGAAGCAUCCAAACUGCUCACUGCAUAUACUCAAUUUGGAUCAUGCAGACCCUUCUCGAAUCACACCAGGACUGAGAAAAUAUGCCUGUGAUCUCACACUGGAUCCAAACACAGCACACACUCAACUCAUCCUGUCAGAUGCAAACAGAAGGGCAUUGCACAUCAAAGAGCAUCAGUCUUAUCCUGGUCAUCCAGAGAGAUUUGAGCACCAUGAGCAGGUUCUGUGUCGAGAGAGACUGACUGGACGCUGUUACUGGGAGGUUAAAUGGAGUGGAUGGGCUUAUAUAGCAGUGACAUAUAAAGGAAUCAACAGGAAAGGAGGCAGUGACUCUUGGUUUGGAUACAAUGACAAAUCCUGGAGUCUGUACUGCACUGAAAACAGAUAUUCUGCCUGGCACAAUAAUAAGAAAACUGACAUACCAGCCCCUUCACCACAAUCUAAUAGAGUAGGAGUGUAUGUGGACGUCUCAGCCGGCUCUCUGUCGUACUACAGUGUCUCUGACACACACACACUCACACACAUACACACAUUCAACACCACAUUCACUGAAGAACCCCUCUAUGCUGGAUUCAGGGUGUUUAAAUCCUCAUUGUCUCUGUGUCAGAUUUAACAAUCUGCUUUGAGCAGCGGUGUAAGUACAGAUGGUGCAGGCAGUGCAGGCGCACUGGACCUGGGCAGCGGGGACGCCCGCAGCACACGCAAGCAGGUCCCUGGCGACGAAGUGACUCUGCAAGUUAAUGGUGAUAUUCACAUUUCAAAUGAAAUGCGCUAGUUUGAGAUUCUAAAUCACGCUCUACCGCUUACUGGUGACCAUAUAUAUCAGAUCAUGUGAGCGAAGGCUCAAUAUUCUGCUCUAUGCCAGCACUUCUACUUCAACAUCUAAGCUUCUGUUAAUUCUCAAUAAGAUCUUCUGUAGAUGUGUGACAUAAUUAUAUAAUUACUUUAUUUGAUUUUAUGUAUGUGCGAAUUACAAUAAGGAUAUAAUUACAAGUAAGACCAUUGAUGGCGUGUCAUUACCAUGCUUAGAGUGUUAACUUUUUUCUUAUCUAAAGCAUUUGUUAUGAAAAAUGGCAACCUACACAUUUAGAAACUAUAGCUUCUAACAUGCCACAGCUGUGAUACGAAUCUAUAGUGAAAAAUAUAUUCCCUUAACAGAUUAUGUAUUAUAAAUUCUACAAGUUAGUCAAAAUUUACCACAAUAAAUACAAUAGAGUUUCAUAAAUUCUAGUAAAGGUGGUCAUGUAAUUUAUGCGUAUUUGGCAUGCUGUCUGGGGGAGGUAUACAAACCUAAAAACCCUGUAAGACCAAAUGGUCAAGAGACACCUUUAUGACCUUAAUGCAGAAAUCCACGGUCCUAUCAGGAAACAGAAACUUUCCCAUUGCCUGAAAUCAACAAUAGACCUUAACUAGUAACAUUUCAUUUUCCACCAACAUCUCCCCUUCCCAGAGACAGAUUCCAUUUUCCCUUCAAGGGUCAGUUCACCCCAAAAUUAACAUUCUGUUAAAAAAGACACACUUUGUAAUUUUUCAUCACCAGAGGUCGCAUUUUCAAAACAAUAACAAAGGCGAAGCUUGAUAAUGCUGUGGAGGAGAGUGAAACAAUGUCAUUUUCACCACUCAGAGAAGUAUGGAAUUCAUGAAUCAUGUUCACGGGUGAGAUAAUAAAUGAGUUUUUGUAUAAUCUGUACAUUUGAUCACACUAUUUUAUGUCAUCAUAAUGAAUCUGCUGCAAGGAACGUGAAAUGUAAUGCUGUAUUAGCCUGUUACUGUGUGAUUAUUUGUCAAAUGAUUUGGUGGGUUAAUGAUGCAAGAGUUUUGUGUGUUUAAAACAAUCGUACUAAAUGCAGCAUGUUUGAGCUUUUGAGCAUGAUAUUCUCGUACGUGUGGUUUCAGUUAUUCCUACAAUUUUUUUUUCUGUAUUGAGAAUACAUUUUUGUACAGAAGUUAAGUUUUGUUCAUGGAAAUUUUUCAGAGAAUUCAGUCACAAAUUCAUGAAAUUAUGAAUUAAAGACUGAUUUGUUAAAAAAAA